GAGUGAGCAGACUCAGGGUCACACUCCUACCAUCGCAUCAUCACAUCACACAAGCAAACACACAUUUAUACACACACACACACGCACGCACGCACGCGCGCGCUACAGGAAUGUGCUCUAUUACAAUAUGAUUUUAUUUUUGCACCGAGCGUGAGCAAACUUUCCUUUCUCCACCAGCUCUGUAUUGACCUAAUGAGUGACUUCCAGAGAGAGCGAGUGUGUGUGUGUGUGUGCCGAACCGAACCGGACCUGACCGUGGAAUCAUCAGGCGCGCGGUAGAAAUGAUGCGCUCACGCGUGACGCGCAUCUAGACUUUUCUUUUACUCGUCGCUCUAUCGGAGCUGUGCUGGCUUUCAUUCGUCACUUUGGGUUUUUCAAAACCUACUUAUAGAAGAGAAACUUUCACCGAUUGGGUUUUUCUGUGGUUUGAGCUGAAAGGCAGGAAAACUUUCAUCCCUCACAGGUCCUGAAAGAGCCUUAAAAAAUGCAAGAACAUUCACUGGAAGCCUUAACAGUCUAUAAAAUCCAACAUCUAAACAUCUAAAGCGACGGCACGUUCCCUACGACCAAGCAUGCCAGUGCUUCCAGGAAGGAUCCACUCCCCCAUCAUGGCUCCUCUAUUUCUCCACAUGAUGGCCGCACUUCUGCUCAUCCUUCCCGCAACAGUCCGGGCCAGCCCAAGGUACAUCCCUGCACUACCUGGUGCCAAGCGUGAGAUCAUCCUGGACGGUGAUCUGGUGAUCGGUGGCUUGUUCCCUGUACACGAGAAAGGCGAGGGCACGCAGGACUGUGGGAAGAUCAAUGAGCAGCGUGGAAUCCAGCGUCUGGAGGCCAUGCUCCUGGCACUUGAUGAGAUCAACCAAGACAACCGCAUCUUGCCUGGCCUCAAGCUGGGAGCCCACAUUCUGGACACCUGCUCCAAAGACACAUACGCUCUAGAGCAGUCGCUCGAGUUUGUCCGUACAUCGCUCACAAAAGUGCACCAACCUGGGUUCAUUUGCCCCGAUGGGUCCAACCCUGUGCCAGACGAGGCACCGCUGGCUAUAUCUGGAGUGAUUGGGGGUUCGUAUAGUGAUGUCUCCAUACAGGUGGCCAACCUGCUGCGGCUCUUCCAGAUCCCUCAGAUCAGCUACGCCUCCACUAGUGCCAAGCUGAGUGACAAAUCCCGUUACGACUACUUCGCUCGAACUGUUCCUCCAGACUUCUACCAGGCAAAAGCCAUGGCUGAGAUCCUACGGUACUUUAACUGGACCUACGUGUCAACGGUGGCCUCGGAGGGUGACUACGGCGAGACGGGCAUUGACGCUUUCCAGCAGAAGCACGUGCGCCAAAUCUGCAUCGCCACUUCGGUCAAAGUCAGCCGUUCCAUGAACCGAGGUAACUACGAGACCGUGAUCCGCUCACUUCAGCAAAAGGCCAACGCCAAAGUGGUGAUCCUGUUCACCCACAGCGAGGAUGCCCGGGAGCUCCUAGUGGCAGCAGCACGCAUGAAUGUCACCUUUAUCUGGGUGGCAAGUGAUGGCUGGGGGGCACAGGAGAGCGUGGUGCAGGGCAGCGAAAAAGCUGCCAACGGGGCUUUCACCAUCGAACUUUCCUCUUACUCCAUCCGCGAGUUUGAAGACUACUUCACCAAACUCACUCCGGAGUUCAACACACGCAACCCGUGGUUCCGAGAAUUUUGGGAGCAUAAGUUUGGGUGUCGCCUGCAGGAGCCGGGCUGCGCCAGGCACAGCCUGAGGGACGGCUCGUUCAAGCAGGAGUCGAAGAUCAUGUUCGUCGUGAAUGCCGUGUAUGCAAUGGCGCACGCCCUGCAUAACAUGCGGCAGGCCGUGUGCCCCAACACCACUCGAGUGUGUGACGCCAUGAAGCCUGGCAACGGCAAAAGGUUCUACCGCGAGUUCAUCCUCAAAACAAAGUUUGAUGCCCCAUUCAGGCCUGCUGACACAGAGAAUGUGGUACGUUUCACCUCCUUUGGUGACAGCUUAGGCCGUUACAACAUCUUCUACUAUCGGCAAGAGAACGGAAGGUACGUCUACAGGAAGGUGGGAUACUGGGCCCAAAGUCUGGUUCUUAACACCAGCAUUUUACACUGGGCCGGAGGAGCACUACCCACCUCCCAGUGCAGCGACCCCUGCCAACCCAAUGAGGCCAAAAGCAUGCAACCUGGAGAUGUUUGCUGCUGGAUCUGCAUUCCAUGCCAAGCCCAUCAGUACCUUCUGGACGAGUUCACCUGUGAGGACUGUGGUUUUGGAGAAUGGCCUUUAGCCAACCUGACUGGCUGCUACGAGCUUCCUGAAGAGUACAUAAACUGGUCAGAUGCCUGGGCUGUAGGACCUGUGACCAUCGCUUGUCUGGGUAUGAUGUGCACCCUGGCCGUGGCUGUAGUUUUUCUGCGUCACAAUGACACUCCAGUGGUGAAGGCUAGUGGCCGUGAGCUGUCCUACAUCCUCCUGUUGGGGGUUCUCUUGUGCUAUGCCAUGACCUUUAUCUACAUUGCCAAGCCGUCUGCAGUUGUCUGUGCGCUGCGACGUCUCGGCCUCGGGACCUCGUUCGCCGUGUGCUACUCCGCCCUGCUCACCAAGACCAAUCGAAUUGCGAGGAUCUUUGGCGGAGUUCGCGAUGGUGCCCAGCGACCUCGCUUUAUCAGUCCCGCAUCACAAGUGGCUAUCUGCGCUGCACUGAUCUCUGCCCAGCUACUGGUGGCAUUGGUGUGGCUCCUGGUCGAGGCACCAGGGGUCAGAAAGGAAAUGAGUCCCGAGAGGCGUGACGUGGUGACUCUGAAGUGCAACAGUCUGGAUUCCAGCAUGCUGGUAUCACUCACCUACAACUGCAUACUCAUUGUCCUGUGCACGUUCUACGCCUUCAAGACCAGGAAGUGCCCUGAAAACUUCAACGAGGCCAAGUUCAUUGGGUUCACUAUGUACACCACCUGCAUCAUCUGGCUGGCCUUUCAGCCCAUCUUCUACGUCACUGCAAGUGACUACAGGGUCCAGACCACCACCAUGUGCAUCUCGGUGAGUCUGAGCGGCUCGGUGGUCCUCGGCUGCCUCUUCGCCCCAAAGAUCCACAUUAUACUUUUCCAGCCGCAGAAGAACGUGACGACACUGAGGAGCAAGGACACGUUCUCCACAGCUGCUACAGCCCCCAGCUCCACCUACUCACACGCCUCAGCCGCGACCGUGGUUCCCACCGUGUGCAACGGACGAGAGGUAGUGGACUCUACGACGUCGUCGUUGUGAACGAGGGACCGUAAGACUGCACACGACUCCACUCGACUACACCAUCUACAGUGAUGUCAUGGAUAAAUCUUUUAUCAAAACCUCUUCUACCAAGGGUGCUGCUGUCAUCUGUUUCAGGCACUCGAACUCAAAUUCUACUAAAACAAAUACUUGACUAUAAAAGUGUUCAGUAAUUAAAAAAUCCUGUAAAUGUGAUUACUUGGAAUGAACGUGCCAGUAUGAACUAAUGAGUGGGUUUGUUGCCACAUAUCAUUUAAAGCUACAAGACUUCAAUGGCAAUGAACGAAUGUUUGAAGUUUGGAUUUGUUGGAAAUAAAGUCGAACGCCAGUCGGAGGCGUCUUUAAAACGACUUUGUCGACAUGCUCUCACCAGUUUUUUGGUAUUUCUUUUUAUUUAAAAGAGUUUUAAAAACGUAGUUUAGUUGGGAACUAAUUACUAAAAAACUGUUUUGGGUUCCAUCCAAUCACGUGCAUUAAUUCAGAUUAUUUCGCAUCAGGUAUCUUAAUGAACCAGAAACUUGGUACAUUGUUCAAAGUUUUUCCAUUCUCUUUCACCGCUCUGGUCUGAUCACCAUCCCAAUAAAAACACUUAAAGAUGAUUAGACAAAGAAGUUUACAUGUAUUCCCCUUUGUAUCACUACGAUAAAAACACAUUUAAAUGAAUUAAUAAAAAAAAGUUAACAAUUCACUACAAUUCAGGUUUAUUUUUAUAGCGCUUUUCACGAUGGACAUUGUCCCAAAGCAGCUUCACAAAAGGUUUCCAGUUGCUCAUAUGAGUCUCUUAUGCAAACCUUUAUAAGAAAGACAGUUUAUUUAACUGGAAACAAAUUGUACAUAAAUACUCCUGAUUUGGAUUUAUAACCUUCUGGUGCACAUAACUAGCCAGCUAAGUCAAGAACAGAGACACAUCAAGAUAAUUUCUGUAGUAAAAACUCUGAAACCUCGGUCCUCCAAAAGGCUCAUCUACUUAAGAUAAUGAAGCGGCCCUCAAGAGGAACAUCUGGUGAGAGAAAGUCAACAAGGGCGUGUUUUAAAAAAAAAAAAAAAAAAAAAAGGAAGAAAAAGUGUAUUUAAAAUGCACUCGUAUGAGGUGUGUUGGUGAAGUGAAUGCUUGACAGUGCACUUUGGAGUUUAAGGAACAUAAACAAAUCCAUAUUUUACUUCCAAUCUGGACUUCACUACAUGAAGCUUAUCAGGUAACAAUAUGUUCUUCUUCAGUGAUAGCACCAAGACACACACUUUCCAGCGUCUUGCUGUAGGUACAACCCUGAAAAGUUGUUCUUAAAUAUGUAUACUGUUCCUACACCUACAGAAUUUAGGCAAAUGAUUGCGAAUUUAUAUAGACCUCUAUUUACAUAUAUAAUUAUUCUCAGUGUUUUGCUGUUAGACUAGUUCAGUGUGUUUCAUUGAUAGCACUGAGAUUCAGAUAUUGUAUGUGCAACGAUCAAGUAAAUAAACGACUUUUCAGGGGGUGUAUUUACUUUUUCCACUUAUUAGAGCGGUUUCUUGGAUAUUCGAUCGCGUUUGUGAACCUGACUUGAAGCGGAGCUCCGGCAGGACGAGCGCCGGAGCUCCGCCAUGUUUUACUGCAGUAGCUCAUUAGCAGAUUUUGCUUUUGUACUUUACGUGUCGUUAAUAUAAUGAAAUGUCCCAUGUUUUCUUUCCAUGCACUAGUCUAGUGGCGAUGCAAGAACAAAAUCCCUAGAGUCAGUAUUUCCUUUUGAACUUGAAGACUAAAUCUGUAGUGUAUCAGAUUUGAAUAAAGUAUUUGAAAGUAGCUAUAACUAUAAAAACGAAUGUGUUUCAGUGUGAACUUUGGUGAACCAGUCAGUGCUAUUCCUGUAAUAUAUGUAAAUAAACUUUUUUAUAA